ACAGUACGUUUUAGAAUACCAAAACGGAACGUUCUAUAUCAAUAAUGAUUGAAUAAGCUGUCAUGAAAGUUCAAGGAGACGUGCUAAUUUUCGUAACGUGUUAAAUUAGACCAUUUGUUACCAAUUUUUUGGAUAAAGUGUGCUGUUAUUUUUUAAAAAUCUAUCUAGUUUUUGAGAUGGAGAAUUCUUUUUAUUAUCGCAAGUUAAUUCAAAUUAUUUAAACGUAAAUUAGUUAUUGGGAUAAUAGUGUAACAAACUGAUCUGUAUUUUCAAAAGCAAAUAUUUUUAAUACUUUAUUUUUUGAAUUCUUAAGACACUUGUAUAUUGAAAUAAUUUGGAAUUACUUUUAUGGUGUUUUUAUUUAAACUUUGAGUAAGCAAAAUGUAGUCAUUUAAUAAAUAAUCAAAGAAACAAAAUGAAAUUGAAUUUGCAUGACAUUUGCAUAUAGAACUUGCGUAUAGAACUUGGUGUGCAAAAGUUAAUCAAUUGAGUGUUUUAAAAUGUAUAUACACAAUUUGUGUCAACAAAAAGAUAAUUUACAAAAAAAAAGCUUUGAUGUAUUUCAAUUAUUAUUAUUAUAAGAAUGUUGACUAUGGACAUAGGCAUGCAUGGUCGUUACAACAAGUCGGAUUCUUAUUAUAAUUAUCAAUCACCAAGUCACGCAUCAUCAUCAUUGCCAGUACAAUCUUCCGAUCUACAAAAUCCAUACUAUCUUCAAACAGGAGUUGUAGUUCAUACAGAACCAACGGCGAAUGAUUUAUACUCGUCCGGAGCUGAUUUAAAUGGGCCAAAUAAUACCAAUUAUUAUUCGACAACGGGAACUCUACAUGACGACGGUACUAUUAUAUCAAUUGAAAAUGGACUCAGUUACACGAAUCUUGACUAUACAAAUUAUGAUAAUGCAAGCUGUAAUGAUACAAAUCAGUACACAGGUCAAUAUAACUAUAGAAGUACUCAGUCACAUAUAAAUAUUGAUCAAAGAACACCAGAACAACUUCAUGAUCCCGUGCUUUGUGAUAACUAUCAGAUAGGACAAAAUGAUUACAUUCAUCAGAUGCCAUUGCAAGAUGACAUGAGAUAUAAUCAAGUACGUACUAGUCGAAAACAUGAUCAUCAUUUGCGUUAUAAAGACGAUAUUGAUAGUAACUCAUGUCAUGAUCGCAUACCACAAACAAGUUUAAUACCUCAUGUAAUUAAUCAAAAACAAAAUCAAGCUGUGGUACAUGUGCAGCAAAGUCAUGUACCUACCUACAAAUGGAUGCAAGUUAAGAGAAAUGUACCUAAGCCUGCUGUUCAGAAAUUACCGCAAAACACCAGUGAUUGUAGAGAUGUAUCAAUGUCAUCCUUGUCAUUGUCUUACGCAUCAUCAUCAUCAUCAACAGGAUCCUUGAAUUGUCUAACAACUGGAAAUAUGUCGAUGGCUAAUUUCAACAAUACUGGGCGUACUAAUUUCACAAAUAAACAAUUAACAGAAUUGGAAAAAGAAUUCCAUUUCAAUAAGUACCUGACUCGUGCUCGGCGCAUUGAAAUUGCCUCAGCUCUACAACUCAAUGAAACUCAAGUUAAAAUAUGGUUUCAAAAUCGUCGUAUGAAGCAGAAAAAACGUAUGAAAGAAGGUCUCGUAUCGAGUGAUAAUAGUAAUGCAUCUAGUUCUAUAACUGGCGCAAGAAGUAACAGCAAUUCACCAACAUCUGUUAUUGAUCAUUCUGUCUUGUUUGGUAAUUUUAGUAGUGAAAAUAGUCGUGAUUCACCUUCAGCUAAAGAAUAAAACUCUUGACUGAUAUUUAUAAAAAUUUUUUUCAAGUAUAUUAGAUUCAGGUAUAUUUUUUGUUGCUGUAUAUGAAUGAGUCAUUAUUUUGUCUUUUUUUUUGUAAAUAUUACAUACUCCGAAGAGUGACUCAUUUGUAUUUAAUUGGAAUACUGCUAAAGAUUUUACACUAAAAUAUUAUACAGAUUUUAGAAUUAAAAAAAAAAACCGAAGUCAAAAAAUUCAAAAAUAAAUUAGUUUUAUUCAUCGAAAAAUCGAAAUCAUGGUUGCGAGUGAACUGAUUAAUUUUUAUCUAUAAAAUAAGUUUCUUGCGAUUGUAUAUUAUAUAUAUUUAGAAAUUAAGUACGCAUCUGGAGAAGAUUAGAUAAAAAUGCGAUACCAAAAAAUGAUUUUUUAAUUGUAUACAGUUUUGUUUUGGUCAUCUCUAUGACUUCAUACCAAAAGUUACCACGUAGUACCUCGCGAAAAAUUAUAACUCGAAUAAUCCUACUAACUAAAAAUAUACAAAAUGGAAAAUUUAAUAUAUAGGUAUACGUAUAUUAGACGUACAAAAUCAAAAUUAAUUGAUUUCCCAGCAUCAAGUAUAUGAUAAAAAUAAAUUUGUUUGUAUUGACUAAGCAUUUUUUAUUUCCACAAUUAAUUUAAAUUAAUUAUUCAGUAUUGAGAUAAAUAAAUUAUAAUAAAUAUGAAUAAUUAAUUCAAAUUUUAUUAGUUAAUUCGAUAAAAUAAUGGUGAUAGAAUGAUACCUUCAACUUUUUAAAUAUCCAAAUAGCUUUUUCUAGCAGUGGAUAAAUGAUAUUUAAGGUAGGUAAAGAUAAGAUGAUAUUUUUAUGUUGAGAUUUUAUACAUCGAAAAUUUUAAAAACGAUAUAAAUAUUUCACAGCGUAUUAAGUUGUAUAGUUUUGAAAUAGAACGACAGAUGAAAGUUGCUAAAAAUAAACAUAGCUCCUGAUAUUUUUAUUCUGGCGGCUAUAAGGUAGUUUGGAAUUUACAUUUCAGUUCAGUUGGUCUUCUCAGAAUGGAAAUAACUCGUGAUAAUAAGAAAAUAUUAUUCUAACGUAAUUUGAAAGUCGAUUUAUAUUCAGAGUAUUUUAUAUAUUGUUGGUCAAAAGAUACGUUUAUCGUGUUCACAAACGCCAAAGAAUUAAGUAUAAAAACUGGUAAAUUGUGUUUGAACUCAGAUAACAGUUUGUUAGAAAAUUUUUCAAAAGUAUAAAAUAGUAUAGAAGAACAAGGAAAAUAAAGCUAAAAUGCCG